AUGAGGAGGGCUCCGCAAGCCACUUCCAGGCGAUUUGUGACUCGCCUGAGGAUGAGAAGCCGCAGGCCAGCUUUGGGUGGUCUCCUUACAUCAUCUUUUCGGCAGCACCAGGAGUCCUUGGCAGCAGAAAGAGAAAGACGACGUCAGGAGAGAGAAGAAAGGUUGCAAAGGAUAGAACGUGAAGAAAGAAACAAAUUCAACCGUGAUUAUUUAGACAAAAGAGAAGAACUAAGACAAGCAAGAGAAGAGAGAUACAAAUACUUGGAGAGGUUGGCAGCGGAAGAGUAUGAGAAGGAGCUGAGGAGUCGGAGCAUAAGCCGAGGCAGAAGUGAGCUGUCCUUGAACCUGAGAUCUCCUUCAGCCCCAUCCUCGCCUGUACCCAAGUGUGUCAGCCCAGCAUCCAUAGAGUCCCAGGAAGAGCUGAAGACCCCUUCUACCCCUUGUGGGACCCCUCAGCCCUCAGAAGUGAGUGCCAGUGAACCCGAACCAGAGACAGAGACAGAACCAGACCCAGAGCAGGAGGCUGAGGCUGAGGCCGAGCAGGGAACGGAGACACCCAAGGAAAUAGAGGCUACAGAGGUGGGACCAGAGAGUGAGGUGGAGCAAGGACCAGAGAGAGAGCCAGAAGAAAGUGCAAUACUCAGUGAAAAAGAGAGGCAGAAUGAGGAAGUGAAUGAAAAAGACAACUGCUCUGCAUCCAGCAUAUCCUCAGCAAGCAGCACUUUAGAGAGGGAAGAGAGAGAGGACAAGUUAACCAGUGACAAUGAAACUGGUCCAUGGUCGCAGACCAUUCAGGAUGCUGGUGUGAAUGAGCAGUGCAGCAACAUCCUCAACAACAAGCGGUUUAUGCUGGACAUGUUGUAUGCGCAUAACAAAAAGCCCAAGGAUGAAGAGGAGAAGGAGCUGGAGGCGAAGGAGGAAAAGAAGGAGACGGAGGAAAGUGAGGAGUCACUCACUAGCCUAGCCAGUAGGAUCUCUAUCCUUCAGGCCACGAAGCAGGCCAAAGAUGAAAGUGUCAAAAAGAUGGAGAUCGGAAAUCUGGACAACCAAGGCAGCGUGAAAGCCUUUGCGGAAAAAUUCAACAGUGGUGAGCUGGCCAAGGGGACAGCCGUGCCUGAAGAUGAAAUCAGUGAACAGGUCCCCGAGAAAACACCAGCGCAGCCAAAGAAGGAAUCUGACUACAUCUGGGAUCAGCUCAUGGCUAAUCCUAGAGAACUUAAAAUCAAAGACAUGGAUUUUACAGACUUGGGGGAGGAGGAUGAUGUAGAUGUGUUGGACAUGGAUAUGGGUCCUGGGGACUCCCUUGUUCCCCCUCCUCCACCUCCACCUUCUUUUCUGGGUUUGCCUCCUCCACCACCUCCCCCGCUGUUUGGAUGUCCACCUCCACCUCCACCCUCUGCUAAUUUAUUGGCUCCUCCUCCGCUGUUCAGCACUCCUCAGGGUUUAGGGUCACCCCAGGUUUCCAGGGGUCAGCCAGCAUUUAUAAAGAAGAAGAAAACCAUCCGUCUGUUUUGGAACGAGGUACGGCCAUUUGAGUGGCAGUGUAAAAACAACAAACGCUGCAGAGAAUUCCUGUGGUCGAAACUGGAACCCAUUAAGGUGGACACUUCCAAACUGGAGCAUCUCUUUGAGUCUAAAUCCAAGGAACUGCCUGUCACAAAGAAAACUGCUGCAGAUGGGAAGCGACAGGAGAUCAUUGUAUUGGACUCAAAACGAAGCAACACUAUUAAUAUUGGCUUGACUGUGUUGCCCCCUCCCCGGACUAUCAAGACUGCUAUUUUGAACUUUGACGAAUAUGCCUUAAACAAGGAAGGAAUAGAGAAAAUCCUGACCAUGAUCCCGACGGAAGAGGAGAAGCAAAAGAUCCAGGAGGCACAGCUGGCGAACCCCGAUGUCCCCCUGGGCAGCGCCGAGCAAUUCCUUCUCACCCUUUCCUCCAUCAGCGAACUCUCCGCCAGGCUCCAGCUCUGGGCUUUCAAGAUGGACUAUGAGAUAGUGGAAAAGGAAGUUGCAGAACCACUACUAGACCUGAAGGAAGGAAUGGACCAACUGGAGCACAAUAAAACUUUGGGAUUUAUCCUUUCUACUCUACUAGCCAUUGGGAACUUUCUGAAUGGAACCAACGCCAAAGCUUUUGAGUUGAGCUACCUCGAGAAGGUUCCAGAAGUCAAGGACACGGUGCACAAGCAGUCCCUCCUGCACCACGUCUGCACUAUGGUGGUGGAAAAGUUCCCAGACAGCACUGAUCUUUAUUCAGAGAUCGGGGCCAUCACUAGGUCAGCCAAGGUUGACUUUGAACAACUCCAGGAAAACUUGUUUCAGAUGGAAAGACGGUGCAAAGCAUCAUGGGAUCACCUUAAGGCUAUAGCAAAGCAUGAAAUGAAGCCAACUCUAAAGCAAAAAAUGUCCGAGUUCCUUAAAGACUGUGCAGAAAGAAUCAUAAUCCUGAAGAUUGUUCACAGAAGAAUAAUUAACAGGUUUCACUCAUUUUUGUUAUUUAUGGGCCAUCCUCCCUAUGCAAUACGUGAAGUCAACAUCAAUAAAUUCUGCAAAAUUAUUAGCGAAUUUGCUCUGGAAUACCGCACCACCAGGGAACGAGUUUUGCAGCAAAAACAGAAACGGGCCAACCACAGGGAAAGAAACAAGACCAGAGGGAAAAUGAUAACAGAUACCGAUGAAGAAGAGGAUGCUGAGUCUGGCAAGUUUUCCAGCAGCUCGCCCCCCUGCCAGAGCCAGCCCCAGGGGCUACAGUACGCUGAGGACGCUGCAGAGCACGAGAACAUGAAGGCUGUGCUGAAGACCUCCUCCAUCGGUGGGGAAAGUACCACAGCGCUCGGGGUCCGCACUCGAAGCCGGGCCAGCCGAGGCCGUAUCAGUUCGUGGAAUGCUGGCAACGACGAUUCACCUAAUGCAACGGAUGACGCAGCAGAUGAGAUCAUGGAUCGCAUUGUGAAGUCUGCCACCCAAGUGCCAAGCCAGCGAGCGGUGCCUAGAGAGAGGAAGCGGUCACGAGCAAAUAGGAAGUCAUUGAGAAGGACACUAAAGAGCGGACUGACACCAGAAGAAGCCAAAGCACUGGGCCUCAUCAGCACCUCUGAGAUGCAGGUUUGAUGUCCCAGAGGUGGCGACAAGAAGAGCCGUUCAUCUGAAGCACACAGGCUGAGAACCCUUCGGUGUGGCAUUGACCUGCCAGCCUCCUCUGCUGCUCCCAACAUCCUGUCCUCUGUUCGUUCGAUUUUAAUAAGCAACAAAAAGCAAAACCCCACAGCCAGGGCAGAAGAAGGGUGUGCCACAGCUCAGCACAACAUCUGGACAGUAACUGAGGAAGUGUUUGAGUGCUUGUAGGUGAAAGCAUAUGUCUGCUUCUUCUCAUGGUGUGUUGAUGUGGGUAGGAGGGGGCUCUCUCUGAGUUAUCUGUCAUUACGCGAGCUGUGUUUACGCUGGCUUUCCUUGUGCCCUGUUUUAGUCAUUGUAAAUGUAUGGCAUUUUGUCAAUGCAAGGAACAGUCCUUAAAGAGGCAAAAUAACUCCUGUUACAACCACCCCGAUUUUCCUGAAGCAGAUUUAUUAAGCAAAGAUGCACAGUCUGUGCAACCCUGUGGUUUGUUGGGGUUUUCUUAUUAUUUUGCCACCAAAGAAUGUAAAAAUGUAUGUGUACCUUUGUAUAUG